UAAACGUUCAAAACUGAUACGCCUUUCCCGACUUUCCUUCAUCCGACCGUUGUAAUAUCAACUUCCAAGAAGAAGAAAAAACAUAACCUCUAAACCUCAAACCUGAGCGGCAGCUGCUGCUAGAGAGAAUCAAGAAACGCUUAUUGAUAAUGGGGGAAUCUCUCGAUCCAAAAUCUCUGCUUCUCUCGCAGUUUUCGAACUCCGAUCUGCCGCGGUUUCUUCAGCUCACGACGGAGAGCUUUCUGUUCGAGAGAGGCCCGAGGUACAGAGCAUAUGCCGAUCUGAGAGAAUCGAAGCUCAGAAUGAGGCACAUGAAACAGCCGGUUUAUAUGGAAGAAGAAGAAGACUCUGUUUUGACUCCUCCCAAGAAACAGGUCAAGUUUCAGGGGAAUCAGGGGAAUAUGGCCACCCCGCCGAAGAGAACGAAGAGUUACUCUGCUUUGACCCAGUCAGUGCCGGAUUUCUCAUAUGCGUUGAGGAAAGAAAACCGGAAGCCGCCAGCGCCGAUGCCGCCGGUGGUUGAGAAGUCGGCGACGCCUCCUCCGCCGGGGAGGAAAAGUGGGAAGCUUUUUGGUGGUGUUGGGAGCAAAUCGAUGAAUUCAGGGGAUAAGAGGAGCGGUGGGGGGUUGAUGGCUAGGAAGAGCUACGCUUGUUUGGACGAAUUCAAAGGGUUGGCUUCUGCUGCUAGGAAUGCCAUUAAUGGAGACAGUAGGGCUGCUGGGAUUGGAAGAAGUAAUAGUAGUAGAGUGGGUGGUUCCAAGACUGUCUUAGGCCAUCGACAGCUCUGAAUCUUGAAAUGGGUGAUGAUGGUGGUGAUGAUGAUGAUUUCUUGAGAAUGGGUUUUUCUACACUUCAAUUCAUUUUCUGUUUCUUUGUUGAUUCUUUGAUACACGGUAUAUUUUUUGUAUGUUAUUACCUGAGAGAAUGGUUCUUCUAUAGAUAUAAGUUUCCACUGUGUAUAGAGCAAAGGUUUCCUUUUUUUCUGGUUUGAAAUAUGUACUCCUAUGAUCAUAUCCGUGAUUUCAUUUAGAUGAAUUUAAUGCAUCGUUUGGAAGUGUUUGUAUGUUCUGUCUUCAAUUCUUUGUUUUGUCUUUUGUGAAACGAGGAAAAAUAGAACUCAGUUGACAUUGGGGGAG